AAGGCUUAUCUUCCAGGGACAAUAAGAGAGAAAAAAAAAAGAAAGAAAAAAAAGAAAAGAAAGUUUACCAUUUAACUAAAAAGCGAAAGCUAAGUAGGGGAAGGGAAACCUAGAAAGCAAGAAUCAGUCAAUCCACCAACAAACAUCAACAUCAUCUAUAAUAAUAUACAUCAUCGAAUCGACCACUUACGUACUUACCAUAUAUUAUUAUUAUUAUUAUUUAUAACAACAUAUAUUAUCUAUCAUUACACCCUACCUCGCUAUCAUUCGCACUGUCAAACAUAUACAAUUAUGGGUCUCGACAGCUUCACCUAUGAUCCCGACCACCGGGUCGUAGUCUGCCGGCCCUGCGGCACAUGUCUGAUUCCGAGACCGAAGAGCUGGAAGAGCCACCUGCGGGCGAAGCCGCAUCGUAUGAGAGGUGACGAGCUAAGGCUGACCAUCGAGCAGCUGUCGAGCUACCCCCUACGCCCAGUCGACGAGCUACGGCAGUGGAGGGUUGAUAGGAAGCGGCCAUGUCGACCAAUAGAGGGGCUUACCGUUUACGAAGGGUACAUCUGCUGCACUGAUGCCGAGUGCGACUACUGCACACGCCGCAUCGAAAAGAUGCACGACCAUAUGCCAGCGCAUGGCAAGAGAGCCUCACAGUACACCGACGAUAGACCCCUCUGGAGAUCGUGCCGUCUACAAACAUAUUUCACCGCAAAGGGGCUUAUCGACUACUUCGUCAUCGACGAUCCUUCAACAUCACCAAGGAUAGGAGCAGCAGGAGCAGCAGGGGCGGUAUCGGAACCACCAACACCGGGGAGUUCACUACUUAUAUCUCCGUCGUCGCAGGAAGAAGGGAAGCUGUUUGAGGACCUAAAAGCAGACAUCAUCCAAGCUUCGCGCGAUCUCGAAGAGAAGGCCAGUAUAGUUGAAGGAAUCGAUGAGUCGCGAGCAGAUCGGGUGCCCUGGCUCAUCCAUACCGGGUUUCCCACACAUCUACGGGGACUUCGUGACACCGAGAUUCUAUCGUCAUAUGCCCUGCCGAGAAGCAUAGACCCGCUAGACGACGGUAUCUGUAGUGAGGACGACGAGGACGAUGACGACCACAACGAUGACGAGAAUAAGGGAGACGGCACAGGUCGAGCCGCUACAGACCUACUCAAGGAUUCUAGUCAGGAACGGGGCCCGCUCCAGGUUUUAGACCAAUCAGAACUCUAA